AUGCCGGCAGCGGUAGUGUGUGGACGGAAAAGAAGCAGCUACCACCUUUCUGAUGAGAAUAACUUUGCUUAUUCUUCUUCUUCUUCGAAAAAGCUGCGUUGCUCCACUUCUGCUUCCGCUUCGCCUUCUGGCUUUCAUCACUUAAAAUCUCUCUUCCCUCACACUCCCCCUCAGCUUCUUGAGAAAACACUGGAAGAAUGUGGUAAUGAUUUGGACUAUGCCAUCAAGAGCCUCCAUGAACAUGAGCAUUGUUUAGAACCCGUGGAAUAUUAUUCAGGUUCUGAUCAAGAUGUUGAGCAAGUUACAUUAACUGAUGGAGAUGCCGCUGCGUUUGGGAGUGCACCGCCACCAAGCAACCUUCCUGCUGAUGGGGCAGAAUGGGUGGACUUGUUGGUGAGGGAAAUGAUGAGUGCUACCAGUGUUGAUGAUGCCAGAGCCCGUGCCUCUAGAGUACUGGAGGUUUUGGAGAAAUCAAUCAGUGCACAUGCUGCUGAAGAGUCAGCUGAGAGUUGUCAGAAGGAAAACAUGGUAGUGAAGGAGAAAAUUCAAGUAUUGAUCAGAGAGAAUACCAUACUAAAAAAGGCUGUGGCUAUCCAGCAUGAACGUCAGAAAGAGUUUGAUGAUAAGAACCGAGAGUUGCAGCAGUUGAAGCAGCUGGUUUCUCAAUAUCAGGAACAGCUGAGAACCCUUGAGGAUACGUUAGAAUAA